CCACCCGCCGCACGUCUUCCCGGUUCCCAACGAACAAAUACUCCCAAUCCACUCUCAUUCGCUCCUUCCCAUUUCCCCUUCAAAGAACUAAUAGCUGAUCUUUAGCAAAAAAAAGAACUAAUAGCUGAUGGCUUCCGACGAGACCAUGACGGCCGUUCACGAAUUCGUCGAUGAUGAUGAUGAUGAUUUCAUGCCGGACGGGGACGGUGACGACGAUGUUGACGACGACAUCGUCUACAGGCGGAUGUCGCGCCUCUCGAUCGAGAUCUCGGACGGUGACGACGCCGACGCCGAGUUGUCGAGCGAGAAGGAGGAGAGCAGGAAGAGCUUGCUGGCGUCGCUGAUGGAGGAGGAUAACUUCGAGAAGGACUCGGCGUCGACCGUAUGGACUCCGCUCCGGGGGCAGCCGUGCAGGGCGGCGGCGAAAGAGUACGCGAGCGAGGUGGAGGCGCGGGAGCGCAGAGGGAGAGGCGACGGGGGGAGGGAGCGGUGGCUGAAGCGGGCGUGGGAGAUGAAGAAGAGGGCGGCCGCGAUGGAGGGGUUGGACGGCGGCGCCGGCGGCGGCGGGGUGUGCAGGGUUUUGGUGCGGCCAAGGGGUGGGGUGGGGGCGAUGUGUAUGGAUAUGGAGGAGGUGAAGGCGUGCCGGGAUCUGGGGCUGGAGCUGCCCUGCGAUUGGACGGUCGAGAUCUCCUGCGGCCACUCCGGAUCGACGGUGGACACCAGCAGCGGCGACAAUUCACCCGUAGCUAGCUGGAGGAUCUCAAGCGCCGGUAAGAGAGAUGACCCUGAGAACGUGAAGGCUAGGCUCAAAGUUUGGGCUCAAGCAGUGGCGCUUGCAUCUGCGGUUGACUCACUCCUAUAGUCCGAAACUGCAUGCAUAUUUAUGUUUCCAAGUUUUUUGUUUGAUGCACUCGGUCUGAUUUUCUGGCUUUCUUAUGUAAAUUCCUUUCUUUGCUUCAGCAUUCUACAAGAGUUUCCUCUUUUCUCUCAUUUUGUAAAUAAUAUUAUGAAUGAUUAGAUGAUACUAGGGAGCAUAGACAAAAAUUAAGGAUAGCAUGUAUGGUGAUUCAGAGGUUUUCCAUCAGCAGCUCACCGACGAGGUACCAACCCAAGUAGUUGCUGUUCCUGGCCAGUGGGAGGCAUUGUAUAUAUAAAUUCCCAUAGAGGGGCUAUGGGAUGAGAUUGUAUGGCCUUGUCCCGAGGCUAGGGCACGGGUCUUUGCAUCCUGCUUUUGGCAUGUUUGUAAUUAUAAAAGGACAAAAAAAAAAAAAAGAAUUUUCUAAGUACU